AUGGCUUCAAAGGCACAACAGUUCCUGCGAGAGUACAAACUGGUGGUCGUCGGUGGAGGUGGCGUCGGUAAAUCGUGCUUGACCAUUCAAUUAAUCCAGAGCCACUUCGUCGACGAAUAUGAUCCUACCAUUGAGGACUCGUACCGCAAGCAGUGCGUUAUCGACGACGAGGUCGCCCUUCUCGAUGUGCUCGACACCGCCGGCCAGGAGGAGUACUCGGCGAUGCGCGAGCAGUACAUGCGAACGGGCGAGGGUUUCCUGCUAGUCUACUCCAUCACGUCACGACAGAGCUUUGAGGAGAUCACCACCUUCCAGCAACAGAUCCUGAGAGUCAAGGACAAGGACUACUUCCCCAUGGUUGUGGUCGGCAACAAGUGCGAUCUUGAGAGCGAGCGGGAGGUCACCAGAGCUGAGGGUGAGCAGCUGGCGAAAUCAUUCGGCUGCAAGUUCAUUGAGACUUCGGCCAAGUCGCGCAUCAACGUCGACAAGGCUUUCUACGAUAUCGUCCGCGAGAUCCGAAGGUACAACCGCGAGAUGCAGGGCUACUCAACCGGCAGCGGCGUGUCCAACAACGGCGGCCCCGUCAACAAGAUGGAGGUCAGCGACAACGACACCGAGGCUGGCUGCUGCUCCAAGUGCGUCAUCAUGUAA